AUGGCUUCCAAAGAGCGUUAUGACGAAAAGGUCGACAUUCCCGUGGUAGAGGAAACGUCGCCGACAGCGGGAGAGUACGAUGAGAACGAGCCCACCGAGGAAGAGUUGUCGACGCUGCGACGUGUGCCGGGUAAUCUCCCCCUGGUAGCCUAUCUCAUCUGUGUGGUCGAAUUCUCCGAGCGAGCUUCGUACCUGGGUGUUUCGGGCCUCAUCUCGAACUUCGUCAAUCGUCCAAUGCCAGUGGGUGGGAAUGGCUACGGUGCACCGCCACGGGGAACACAACAGACGGCGGGCGCCCUGGGCAUGGGCACUGUGAAGGCAAACGCCGUCAACCAGUCGUUCAGUAUGCUGGCGUAUGUCCUUCCCAUGCUGUUCGGCUAUCUAUCCGACGCUCAUACGGGCCGCUUCAAGAUGAUCUUCUGGGGUGUCUUCGUCUUUGGGGUCGCUCAUGUCCUGAUGGUUGGGGCGGCCGCUCCAACGCUACUUGCUAAUGGGGGUGCGAAAGCGCCCUUCUUCAUUUCCUUGUACAUGCUGUCGGUCGGUGCCGCCAUGUUCAAGCCCAAUGUGUCCCCUCUGCUGUUGGAUCAGAUGCCCACUACCAAGGCCAGGACCAAGCUGCUGUCCAGUGGCGAGAAGGUUAUCGUCGACCCUGAGGUCACGACGGAGCGGGCUAUGUUGUGGUUCUAUCUGCUUAUCAACAUCGGUGGCUUCAUGCAAGUCGCAACCUCCUAUGCCGAGAAAUACGUCGGGUGGUGGUUGGCCUUUAUCCUGCCGCUGUUUUUGUAUCUUCCGUUGCCAGCCCUCCUGUUCUGGCUGCGGAAACGUCUUGUUUUACACCCGCCCGGCGGCAGCGACCUCCUCAAUGUCGUUCGUGUACUGCGCAUCUGCCUUGCUGGCGGCGGCAUCUUCCGCGUUGGACGCCAUGGCUUCUGGGAUGCGGCCAAGCCGUCAGUAAUUGCAGCGAACGGCGAGCGCUUUAAGACUCAUUGGAACGACCAAUUUGUGGAGGAUGUCCGCCGCGCAUUCCAGGCGACAGGAAUUUUCUGUUUCUUCCCGAUCCAGUUCCUCAAUGACAACGGGUUGGGUAACGCGGCAAGCUUUUUGUCCACCAUGUUGACGACCAACGGCGUGCCCAACGAUGUGAUCAGCAACUUCAAUGCUCUGAGUAUCAUCGUGUUCGCUCCCAUCCUCAACUACAUGCUCUAUCCGUUGCUUCGUCGGCUCCACAUUCGAUAUGGCCCUGUGGCUCGGAUCACCACGGGACUGGCCCUGUCUUCCAUCGGCGGCGUAGGGUACACCGUUCUCAACUACUAUGCCUACAAACUGGGACCUUGUGGUAAGUACGGUUCUUCUGACACAUGCGUGGAUGCCGACGGGGUUUCUUUGGUGGCACCAAUCAGCAUUUGGUGGAUGGCCAUCCCAUAUGCACUCGGUGGUAUCUCCGAGCUGUUCGUCAAUGUCCCGGCCUACGGUAUCGCCUACUCCCGCGCCCCCAAGAACAUGCGUGGAGUAGUCUCGGCCGUCAACCUGCUCAACACCGCAGUGGCUUAUGCCAUAGGGCUCGCAUGCUCCGCCGUUGUCAGGGAUCCUUACCUGACCUGGGUCUUCGGCGGUCCCUCCAUCGUGGGUGGUGUUCUCACGGUGAUUUUCUACUUCAUGUUCCGUCAUAUUGACAAGGAGGAAUACAUGCUGAGUGAGGACGCCGAGCGCGUUUUGGAGCUUGAGGGUACGGGAAACACGUUCACCGAAAACUCCUAUAACAAAACAACAAACCCAACGCCUGCGAUCGCUGCAAAUGAAGAUCAGACCGUGAUUGCAAUUAACAACAUGGAGGCUACUGGAUGGAGCAAUGAUCGUUUCCGGCAGCUCUCUCGAACAUACGCCCCAGUAUUGCGUGAUGGCCCCGACGGGCGAGAUGAGAACGUCCGAUAUGCAAUUGUCCCUGUUAGCAGUGGCACGGGUGAUAAUCUGGUCACUCGCACCUCCAACAUGCCGUGGUUUCAUGACUGGCAGAUCGGACCCGUCAUGGGCGCUACGCUGUGGGAUGCCAUUAAUGCCAUUCAGCCUCUGAAGCCUAAGACCCAGGAGGGUCCUAGCUAUGACUCCGACUCUGACUAG